CCUCCCAUUGGCCGCGCCGCGGGGCGGAGGGGCCGCGACCCUUUCCGCCGGCCUGGGCCUGGCGCUCAAUUUAAACACUUAACCUAAGCCACUGGCGGGCUCCGGAAACGAAACGAAAAGAAAGCCCGAGGUUCUCCCCGCGGGCCGCCCUCCGGGCCCGCCCUCUGCACGCUGCGCUCCUCGGUAAAGUCCCUUCUCCCGCCAUUUGCCGCGGGGCUCUGGCCGGGCCCGCGCUCCGCGUGCAGAGGCCUGCGGCCACCCGGAGCGCUCGGCGGGCACGGCGGGCAGCAUGGACCGCAGAGACGGGGCUUGCGGCCGGCAGCACGUGUUCCUGGUCCCAGAAUAUUUAAAAGAUGCUUCAAAGAAGAUGAAAAAUGGGCUUAUGUUUGUGAAAUUGGUUAACCCGUGUUCAGGUAAGUGCUCCUUCCCUCCCUCUCCUCUGAUAAUAGUAACUUGAACAUUUUUUAAACAUCAUGGCUGAAAAAUGUGUGUCUUUAUCUGUCUUUAUACGUUCAUUCUUCCUGAAUAGCUUUUAAAGGUAAGAUGGUAUUACAUGGUGGCACAAACAUUGCUGGGCUUCUGAAAUAAUCACUCGACCUAAACAUUUUUUUAUUUCUUCUUAAUUUUAAUCCAUAGAACCGUUCAUUCAUCAGAAAUGAUGGCCAAACAGUAAAGUGGUGUGUUUGAUUUCUUUCUGAAAACAGAUUAAUUUUCCUUGACCUUCUUAAGGUGACUUUUCUUAGAAUAGUUAUCCAACAUUAGCCUCCAUUUAUAUUCAUUGUAUGUUAUGAAAUAAAAUAAAUGACCAUAUUUUUUAAAGAAGGUUUUUACUAGAUUUUGUAUAGUUUCAUCUUUAGUUAUGCUUUCCUUAUUUUGUUCUGACCGAAAAGUAGUAUACAUGUUUUUUUUUUCCUGUCAAGGAGUGAUUUGUUUUGCAUCAAAAGCAUGGCCUUUUAAGGAGAUACAUAUUUUAUCAGGAAUAAUUUUAACUUUGUAUUCAGUGUAUUUUGUUUUGUCUUAUCAUUUUUAGGCAAAAAUAUUAAAAUAUAAAUAUAUAGUAAUAUUGGUGAUAUUAUUUAUCACUGUGUGGAAUUGCAUCUCCAUUAGUUUAUUUUGUGAGAUUUAUCUUGUAAGGUUUUUUUUUUUUUUUUUUUGCUUUUUAGGGCUGCACCCAUGGCAUGUGGAAGUGCCCGUGCCAGGGGUCAAAUUGGAGCUGUUGCUGCCAGCCUACACCACAGCCACAGCAACACGGGAUCCGAGCCAGGUCUGUGACCUACACCACGGCUCAUGGCAACGCCAGAUCCUUAACCCACUGACGUAGGCCAGCGUUAGAACCUGUGUUGCAUCUUCAGGGAUACUAGUGGGGAAGGAGUACCCAGCUUCUCCAAGGGCAUACGCCCAGCAUGUAGUUGAGGAAAAUUCAAAGUCUGGGUCCUGGUGGUUGAACCAUGUUUAAGAAAAAAAAUUCAUGCCUUAAAGGGGUUCUUUGAGAUGCACGCAGAUGCGCACAGUCUUCCCUCACCCUCUUCCAGCCUCUUUUUUUGGUUUGUUUGAAAAAAGAAGAGGAAAUUUUCAACCAGUUGGAUGUGGCUUUCCUCACUCCUGCCUUAAAGGCGUUACUGUCUAGGUCUUGGCCUUUCCCACUCGGGGUGGCCUUUGGGGUGGGCAGGCCUCGUCCCUGUCCUCAUGGUGGGAGGCUGCACGCUGCCCUCGACUGGGGCCUGCGGGCCAGCUCUGUUCUGCUCACCGAGCCUUCAGGUUUGAGUAGUUGAAGAAGGGGAUUCCGUCCUGACCCCAAGGAGGACUCGAGGAAAGGCUUUGUGGUUAAGGUCAGUGAUUUCCACUUUUCUAUUUAUUGGUCUCAGUUCGGUGAGGAUUGCGGAGUUGGCCAACAAGCCUCUGUAUGUAACAGCCACAAGCUUUCCUUGGAGUCCCUUUGUAUAGACCAUGUCUAUGUAGGUUUAUGUUUAUGUUCAUAUUAGGAACAGUCCUCAGAACUAGUAGAUGGUCUUUUGACGUGUGUGUGUGUGUGUGUGUGUGUGUGUGUGUGUGUGUGUGUGUGUCAGAGAGAGAGAGAGAGAGAGAAAACUUACAAAUAAAAAACAGAUUUGUCUUAACAGGGGAAGGAGCCAUUUACUUGUUCAAUAUGUGUCUACCGCAGCUGUUUGAAAUAAAAGUUUUCAAGGAAAAACACCAUUCUUGGUUUAUAAAUGAGUCCGUUCAAUCAGGCGGUCUCCUCCACUUUGCCACCCCCAUGGACCCUCUGUUUCUGCUCCUCCACUACCUUAUGAAGGCUGGGAAAGAGGGAAAGUUUCAGCCCAUAGAUCAAGUUGUGAUGGAUGAUAUGUUUCCAAAUUGCAUCUUGUUGCUGAAACUUCCUGAACUUGAGAAGUUACUUCGACACGUGACAGAGGAAAAAGAAAUAGACAAGAAGAAAUAUUACAAGUACAGCAAAGAGAAGACAUUAAAAUGGCUGGAAAAAAAGGUCCAUCAGACUGUAGCAGCUUUGAAAACCAAUAACGUAAAUGUCGGUGCCCGGGUACAGUCCACUGCGUUUUUCUUCGGUGACCAGGCUUCCAUUGACAAGGAAGAGGAUUAUAUUCGUUAUGCCCAUGGUCUGAUAUCUGAUUACAUACCUAAAGAUUUAAGUGACGACUUAUCCAAGUAUUUGAAGCUUCCAGCACCUCCAGCGUCAGUGCCAAACCCUCCAUCAAAGAAAGUAAAGUUAUCAGAUGAGCCCGUAGAAGCAAAAGAAGAUUACACUAAGUUUAACAGGAAAGAUCUGAAGACUGUAAAGGUGGCAGCACAAAGACAGCAAAAGAACAAGUGACAGCAGGUGCACGCAAGGCUUGGCUACUUCUCGUGUAAUUUAAGUCACUCCCAAAGGGCUACAACUUUUUCUUCUGCACUUUCUAGACCACCAUCAAAUGCCAAAAGAGGUAUUUUAAAGGACUAACCAGGAAUGCUUUCUCUCUGUGGUCAAGACCACCAGUCCCUUCUCACAGUGGCACCUCCCCCGAGGCGACUCUGUCCUGUACCUAGGAAGCUCCCCAGGUGGGAGCCUGCCCCGAGGAUGUCAAGCCAGCCACCCCUCUGCCCCAGCCAGGGCUUGGUAGAUGCAAACUGCUCCAUUUGGAGUGGGUGCACUGAGUUCCUGCUGUGUAUAGCGCGGGGAACUCUAUCCUGUCUCUUGGGACAGACCAUGAUGGAAGAUAACAUGAGAAAAAGAAUGCAUAGAUACGUGUGCAUGACUGGGUCACUGUGCUGUACAGCAGAAACUGGCACAACACUGUAAAUCAACUAUAAUUUUUAAAAAUCUUUUUUAAAAAGUGUGGAUUGUCACAGUCUGAUGCUUCAGACUUCAAAACAUUGGGCAGAGAAGGCUCAUGGGGAAAUUCGGGUCAUUUCUUAAGCCUGACCCUGUUGGCUCGCUCUGCUUUCCUGGGGUCAGGAGAGCACUUUUAGGGUUGCCCAUGGUGACUGUAAAUACUUGACUCCACCCUAAAAGCUCUGACAGUCCAAGUUUCUACCUUUGUUUAAAAAAAAAAAAAAAAAAGACAGCCUGACCUUUCUUUACUCCUUAUCAAUUUGGCAACUUCUGGUUCAUAACAACACCUAAACAUGUGCGUUUUAUGAUCUGCUGGCGUUGUAAACAUGGCUUCAUUUUUAAAAGAUCUGUCCAAUAUGUGCAUCAUUAUUAUGUCAAGAGAGGGCGUAAGGUACGCAGGGAAGUUAGAGGUAGAUGCCGAAAAGCAACUUUGCGGGGAAUUCUCACGCUCAGCGAGUAUGUUUUAGGGGACAGGGGGAGGUUUUGUGCAAACACGUCCAGGAGUUUGCGCCAACGCAUCAGCUUGACAUCAGGGGACUUGGGCAGAAGCCACUCGGGCGCACGUCGAGCAUUCGAACGGGACCCCUCUUCUUCGGGAAGUCAUUCCGCUUCUGAUUCUCUAACUCCGUUGGGUAAGCAGGUUCUGGAAAGUACUCUGUCUUUUUUUGGACACACCUCCGUUCACACUGUGACACUGUCAUGACCCUGCAGGGCCUUUCGAGCUCCCGCACCUCAGCGGCUGACGGGGUGGUGAGGUUGUGGGGCCUCCUGUCUCCAGACCCCAGGUCGGGGGGUCCGUUGUGGAAAUCCGGAUGCGAGCCACUCAAGAGGGAGCUCCGCAGAGAUGACCUGUUUGAAAGCCACGCCGUGGGGACGGGUCAAGAGCUUGACCCGGUUCAGCAUACGCUUGUGGAGUUCAAGUCCGGCUUGUUCUGCCUCCCCCUGCACAAUCCCAGACGCUGUCUGUGGAGGUCCGUGUACAUAUAUUUUGGACCAAAGCAACUGCUGAUGCUGGAUUGCUAUGAGCGUGUUCUGUGUCCUCCAGUAAAUCCAUUCUCCAUCCAGGACCACAUCCCAGGACCCCCAUCCCCUCCUCCAGGAAGGCGUAGCCCGGGAAACCUGCACGGGCGCCCGGCUCCCGCCUGAGCUCCCCCCGCCACCGCCGCCUUGAGAAGGGCUUGGAGCAGCUCUGUGUCUUUGCGUGGCUCACCCACCACUCGCUCUGGCCCUGGCCACCCCUUCCUCCCCCACUCGACACACACACACACACACACACAUGCGCUCAUUGCCUCAAAUUUAAUCCAGCCCUUGGUGGCCUAAGCUUCGGGAUACCGAUGACACCUCAGUUGUCGCUAGAAGCCCCCUCUACCUGUGCCCCAGCUCCAUAGUCCACUGGCCUCUGAAUGUUGAACAAAUACGAACAUUUAAAAUGUAACACACCUGAAAUGACACAAAUGUAUUAUUUUUUUCCUUACGCAAGUCAUUCAUGAUGCUUCCUCCAAAAGUUAAAAAGGCAAAGUCAAGGCUGUCCCCACCGCCACCAGGGUUCCUCUAGGUAACUGUAGCCCCAGCCCUGAAGGAGGCCCUGGUCACAGUUGCCCAGGUUCCAACAUCGGGUCCCGAUCCUUCCUCUCGCCGGCAGCCCCAGGUCGCUUUUCAUGCACUCGACCUCCUUGUUUUAUCCAAGAAUCCAAUCCUAUUGGUUCGCCCUUUAGAAAUGCUUCCCGGCACAGGGAUGCCCCCCAGGCCUUUCCACCUGAUGGUCCAGGGCAGCACCGCGUGGCCCGGGUCUCUCCGCAGAGCCGCCCGCGCCUCCCGCGUUGCACACUCAGCCCGCGCGUCCCUGAUGCACAGAUGAAAUGAGAUGCUCCUUCGCUACCAAAUGGUCAAGGACUUAGAAACAGCCCUGCUGGCAGCCAGGAGCAGAGGCUGGAGGUGGGAGCUGCUGAUGAGCAUAUAAAAAGGUGCCGCUUCCAGGGAGGCCAGCUUGGAACAAAUGCCAAAAGCUUUCAAUGUCCGCACUGCCUUUGCUUCAGCAACUCCCACUGUUGGAAACACAGGCCUAGGAAGUCACCCGGAGGGUGCACCCAGAGCUGCCUUAGAGUGUUUGCUGCAGAAGCCCUAUGCAUGGGAAAAGACUGGGAAAAACCAUUUUGGAGAGCUGAGGGAAAUGAUUUUUAAAAAUUGGUAUUCAAAGUAUUAAGUAAUUUUAUCUCUCUCUUUUAUCUUUUUUUUUGUGUUUGUCUCUUUAUGUUAGAAAUGUUCAAUGACAAACAUAUUACUAUUAGUGCAAACAUAAUAAUCUUUAAAAAAACUCCGUUGAUUUUUUUCUUUCAUGAUUAUAAUUUUUUUAAAUGUUUGAAAUUAAGUGUCUUGGAGGAAGAACAUAGAUUCUUACUGCUGCGUGCUUAGUAUUCAAGGGUAUGUGUUUAGCAGAUUCUCUAAGUAACCAUACAGUUGCUCCUCUGUCCUCAAACCUUUAAGGAUUUCGGAUCCUUACUAUUGAUUCCUUGGCUCCCUUCACCCAGUCAAAAAUAUAUGUUUUGCUUUAAAUUGUGUGCAUUGGACAUGUACACAGAUGGUGAAAUUCAUUUUGCUUUAAGAUUUACUAAGAGCCCCAGAAAUUCGAUGCAAAUGCUCUGUGAUAUUUCCCACAACCAGAUCUGAGAAUGACCGCGUCUGUCUACAAAACUGAGGUGAGUAAAAACAGCAAAAACAACAACCAUAACUUUAGUCUCUCUUACUAAAGAGCGCAGAGGCGAUAAUCUCACAGUUGCUGCUUUUCAGCCUUCUCUGCAGAUAGUAACCAAAUUACCCUGCUUCGUGGUUCGAAUGCAAGUCCUGUCCAUUGCCCCCCACACAAGUCCCUGCUUCCGUUCAGAGGGUGUUUUUGCUUUUCUGCUUUGCUCGUUAGGGCUGAACGAGCAUAUGGAAGUUCCCAGGCUGAGGGUCAAAUCGGAGCCACACCACAGCCACAGCAACACCAGAUCCAAGCCAUGUCCUCAUGGAUACUAGUCAGGUUUGUUCCCUCUGAGCCACAGCGGGAGCUCCUCAGUCCAGACUCGCUGUGCUUUCUCACUGCUCUUGGGAGGAAGCCCCACGUCCUCCCCGUGACAGGCAAGGCCUUUCCAGCCACAGCCCAACCCUUCCAUCUCGGUUACAGCCACACUUCUGGCUCCACGGCCAUUAGACCUGCUGGUUCCUCACCUGGAAUGUUCUGCAAGCCCCUGCUAAUUACCUAAGUGCUGAUCUUCCCAAGGCGACUACGGUGGCCAUUGGACAGCCCUAGGGCGGCUCCUUGACCUUCCAGGCCAGGUCAGACCUCUCUGCGGCAGCUUUUCCGGCACCCGGUCCCUUUCCCGGAACUUUCACAGAGACGUGCUGAAAUCUGCAGGCAUGACGAUCAGACAGUGUUUCCCUCUGUGAUGACACAGCUUCAGGAAAGCAACGACCCAUGCAGCUUAGCCUUUCUGCAGGAAAGAGUUCACAGCAGGCCCGAGACCCCCGUCCUGGCCUUGCUACGUCAAGGUUGUCCCUUGGCUGGUGUCUGGGAACAGGUCCUUACGCUGAGAUGCUCAGAGCAGCCACAGAAGCCAAACCGCACAAACACUGUGGUUUAUGCUGAACGCCUGCUUUGCCUCUCGGGCUCUGGAAUUUCAGGACGCACUGGCCAAGGUGUGCCCAGGUGACCGGCCCCCAGUAAGACCUUGGGUGAGGUCUCAGAUGGGCUCCCCGAGCAGAAGCUGCGUGCACGGGGCCUUGUCUUCACUGCGGGGUGCAGGCUGUGUGACCCCUCUCGGGAGUAAGCCAAGCAGGAGCUCGAGGAGGCCAGCCCCUGAGGCCUGCCCGCUCCGCCUGCUGCCUUCCCCUGGCCACUCGGCAGUGUCCCUGCUACACGGGCGUCAUAAAUCCUGGCUGUGAACCCAGCUCACGCCGACUCCUGUGAGGCCUUGCAGCAAACAUCCAAUGGGCGAGGGGCCUUGCUCAACACGCCACUGUAGCCCCAGAACCUUGCACAGCAUCUGACAUUUCAUAAAUGAUUUACUGCCUAUUUUUGGAAAUGCAAAUGACCUCAGAGGACGAGGGCUAAGUCUAUCCUGUGGAAAUUCUCAAAAGAACUAAGAAAUACGACUUAACUACAUUCUAAUGACCCAGAUAAAGAAUGUGCAUACAUCUGAAAAAGGCAGAAUAAAAAAUGAUUCCGGAAAUGUA